GGCACCUCUAUGGAUGCCAUCUUCAGGGUCCUAAUAUUGAAAACUAUGAAGCGCCGUCAUUUACGGAGUAAACUUAUGAAUAUUAACACAAGCACAUGAGCAGUAUGCCUGCGGAACGAAAGAAGUCCGUCAACACGGAGGAGAGAGAGACGGGCUCCUUCAGCAACAAGGAAAGAGACGCAGAGCGACAGGCCGCUGUGCCCCGAGACAAGAGCAAAGACCAGACCAAGAUGAGCACCAAGACGGCCGAAGAGAAGAAGAGACGGGCCGAGGAGGACAAGAGGAAGAAGGAGGAGAAGGAGCGGAAGAAGAAAGAGGAGGAGAAGCAGAGGGCAGAGGAGGAGCAGAAGAAGAAAGAGGAGGAGGAGAAGAGACAGCAGGAGGAGCAGGAGAAGAAGCUCCUGGAGGAGGAAGCUAAACGACAGAAAGAGGAAGAGGCUGCUCAGAUCAAGGAGAAGGAGGAGGCGGAGCAGCUGCAGCAGGAAGCGUGGGAGCGUCAUCACAGCAGGAAGGAGCUGCGAGAGAAGAACCAGCGCGUGCAGGAGACGCGUCCCGAGGAGGCUUUCUUCAGCCGCCUGGACUCCAGCCUGAAGAAGAACACGGCCUUCGUCAAGAAGCUCCGCACGCUCACGGAGCAGCAGCGCGGCUCGCUGUCGCAGGACUUCAACUCGCUCAACCUCAGCAAGUACAUCGGUGAAGCCGUGAGCUCCAUGGUGGAGGCCAAGCUGAAGAUCUCAGACGUGGGCUGCGCCGUGCACCUCUGCUCGCUCUUCCACCAGCGCUACGCCGACUUCGCACCGCUUCUCCUCGCCGCCUGGAAGAGACACUUCGAGGCCAGAAAGGAGGAGAAGGCGCCCAACGUGAGCAAGCUGCGGACCGACCUGCGCUUCAUCGCCGAGCUCACCAUCGUGGGGCUGUUCACGGAUAAAGAAGGACUGUCGCUCAUCUACGAGCAGCUGAAGAACAUCAUCGCCACCGACCGAGACGCGCACACUCACGUCUCCGUCAUCAUCAGCUUCUGCAAGCACUGCGGAGACGAUAUCGCCGGGCUGGAGCCGAGGAAGGUCAAGAACGCGGUGGAGAAGUUCGGCUCGACCUUCCCUCCCAGUCAGAUCAUAAAUACUGAGAAACAGCAGCCGUUCCAGAACCUGCUGAGAGAAUAUUACACCUCGCUCACCAAACACCUGAAGAAAGACCACCGAGAGCUGCAGAGCAUCGAGAGACAGAACAGGCGUAUCCUUCACUCUAAAGGAGAGCUCAGCGAGGACAGACACAAGCAGUACGAGGAGUUCGCCACGUCCUAUCAGAAGCUGCUGGCUAACACACAAACGCUGGCCGAUCUGCUGGACGAGAACAUGCCUGAACUUCCUGUGGACAAGACCAUCCAGGAAGAGCACGGUCCGGGCAUCGAUAUCUUCACUCCGGGGAAACCGGGAGAGUAUGAUCUGGAAGGAGGGAUCUGGGAGGACGAGGACGCGCGUAACUUCUACGAGAACAUGGUGGACCUGAAGGCGUUUGUCCCUGCGAUCCUCUUCAAGGACAACGAGAAGAGCAGCCAGACCAGCAAAGAGGGACAGGAGGCAAACAGCACUGAGGAGCUGGAGAUCGAGCUGGAAGCGCUGGAUAUCACCGAUGAGCCGAUGGAUCUGGACACAGCCGAAGAGACCGAGAGUGAAGAACUGGCCAAAAAGAUACUGGAUGAGCAAGGAGGACGAGGAGGCCAGCACCGGCUCUCAUCUCAAACUCAUCGUGGACGCCUUCAUCCAGCAGCUCCCAAACUGCAUCAACAGAGACCUGAUAGACAAGGCUGCUAUGGACUUCUGUAUGAACAUGAACACCAAGUCCAACCGCAGGAAGUUGGUCCGAGCUCUUUUCACGGUGCCCAGACAGAGGUGUGUGUGUGCAUUCAUAGCAUCUGUGCUCGUUCAGAUUUGAAGAGUGGCUGUGCAUGGGUGUGUGUGUGUGUGUGUGUGUGUGUCAGGCUGGAUCUGCUGCCGUUCUACGCUCGUCUGGUGGCCACGCUUCACCCGUGUAUGUGUGACGUGGCUGAAGACCUCUGCUCCAUGCUCAAAGGAGAUUUCAGGUUUCACAUCAGAAAGAAGGACCAAAUCAACAUUGAGACCAAGAAUAAGACGGUGAGGUUCAUCGGGGAGCUGGCCAAGUUCAAGAUGUUUUCCAAAACGGACACACUGCACUGCCUCAAGAUGCUGCUGUCUGAUUUCUCUCACCAUCACAUUGAGAUGGCCUGCACACUGCUGGAGACGUGUGGACGCUUUCUCUUCCGCUCACCGGAGUCUCACCUGCACACGAGCGUCUUACUGGAGCAAAUGAUGCGUAAGAAGCAGGCUCAGCAUCUGGAUGUGCGUUACGUGACGAUGGUGGAGAACGCGUAUUACUACUGCAACCCUCCGCCGAUGGAGAAGACGGUGCGCAGGAAGAGACCGCCGCUGCAGGAGUACAUCCGAAAACUGCUCUACAAAGACCUGUCCAAGGUCACCACUGAGAAGGUGUUGAGGCAGAUGAGGAAGCUGUCCUGGCACGAGCCUGAUGAGAAGAGUUAUCUGAUCUGCUGUAUGAUCAACAUCUGGAACGUCAAGUACAACAGCAUCCACUGCGUGGCCAACCUGCUCGCUGGACUGGUGGCGUAUCAGGAGGACGUGGGCAUUCAUGUGGUGGACGGCCUGCUGGAGGACAUCCGCCUCGGCAUGGAGGUGAACCAGCCCAAGUUUAACCAGCGGCGGAUCAGCAGCGCUAAGUUUCUGGGCGAGCUGUAUAACUAUCGUAUGGUGGAGUCUGCCGUCGUCUUCCGCACGCUCUUCUCCUUCAUCUCGUUCGGCGUGAACACAGACGGUUCUGCGAGCCCGCUGGACCCCCCCGAGCACCUGUUCCGCAUCCGCCUGGUCUGCACCCUGCUGGACACCUGCGGACAGUACUUCGACCGCGGCUCCAGCAAGAAGAAGCUCGACUGCUUCCUCGUUUACUUCCAGAGGUACGUCUGGUGGAAGAAGAGUCUGGACGUGUGGACUAAAGACCAGCCGUUCCCCAUCGACAUCGAGUACAUGAUCACAGACACACUGGAGCUGCUGCGGCCCAAGAUGAAGCUGUGCUCGUCUCUGGACGAGGCCUGUGCUCAGGUCACUCAGCUGGAGAGAGAGUUCCUCGUCAAACUGGGCCUGGAGAAAGACGGCCGCUCCUCCAGCUCCAUGGGCGAGAACGAGCCUCUGGAGGAGGAGGAGGAGGAUGAUGAUGAAGACGAGCGAGGAGCGGAGACCGAGGAGCAGUCUGGGAACGAGAGCGAGAUGAAUGAACCUGAGGAGGAGGACGGCUCUGAGAACGAGGAAGAGGAGCGUGAGGAGGAAGAGGAGAACACGGACUAUCUGACCGACUCCAACAAAGAGAACGAGACGGAUGAAGAGAAUAACGAGGUCACGAUCCGCGGCGGAGGACUCAGACACGUGUCCUGUGCCGAGGACGAGGACUUCAUCCAGGCGCUGGACAAGAUGAUGCUGGAGAACCUGCAGCAGCGCACUGGAGAUGCAGUGAAGGUCCAUCAGCUGGACGUGGCCGUCCCUCUGCAGUUAAAGAGCCAGCUGAAGAGAAGCUCCGCCCCUUCCUGCACCGCAGACACAGACAUCAGCGACACCAUGCAGUUCGUCAUGCUCACACGCAGGGGCAACAAACAGCAGUUUAAGAUCCUGAACGUGCCGCUGUCGUCUCAUCUGGCGGCCAAUCACUUCAGCCAGCAGCAGGUGGAGCAGGAGGAGCGCAUGCGCAUGAAGAAGCUGACGCUGGACAUCAACGAGCGGCAGGAGCAGGAGGACUAUCAGGAGAUGAUGCAGUCGCUCGCUCAGAGACCCGCUCCAGCAAACACCAACAGAGAGCGCCGGCCUCGAUACCAGCACCCCAGAGGAGCACCCAACGCUGACCUCAUCUUCAAGACCGGCGGCAGGAGACGCUGAUGAUGUGAGACUGAGCAAACGAGUCACAGACAGACACGAGAGAUGCUCUGAGACGGAGACACACCUGACUGCAGCGUCAGCGGACGAGCGGAGACGAGCCGCGUCAGCUGGGGGAGACACACACACACACACACACACACACACACACACAGAGACACACUCAGACACACACACACACAGACACAGGAUGGAGGUCUGAUGGUUCGACAGCGAGCGACUGCAGACUCUAACGGAGGAAAACUCUUCAGACAUACUUUGAGCCGUGUUCUGAUCUCCUGAUGUUGUUCCUCGUGAUCCUCAACGAGACGUUCCUGAGCGAUCGUUCCUGAGCGAGACGUUCCUGAGCGAGACGUUCCUGAGCUGUGUGUCUCAGCAGCUCGUAUGAUAGCCGUCGAGAGAAAGCAGACGCGUAGACAGGUGACAGGUGAGAUCUAACCCAGGUUUAUCUGCUGAAGUUUGGGACACUUUUAAGCGUCUCAAUAAUGGAUACUGAUAGCACUUGCAUCAUCCAUUAUUAAAAUUUAUAAAUAAUCCACAACGUGUUUAAAUUCAGGUGGACUGACAUGCUUUAAAUAUUACCGUCAUGAGAUAUUAAAAAUGAUUUUUCAAUGCAAAAAAAUGUCUUAAAGCAUAGAUUUUGUGAGAUUCAGUUUUGGAUCCAGUACUUUCCUCUCUUCUGUGUUUUCUGGGUUGUGCUUCGUACCAGUCUCUUCAUUGACUGAUUCAAUCUCACACUUGAUGAUCAAUAUUAUUGAGUGCUGCAAAUCUGUAACAUUGUUGCAGCUGAGACAUGAUGGGUUUAGUUUAAUUUAUUCAAGAGCAAUCAUUCCACCAGUGCAAGAAGAAAUGUACGUUUACACAAAGAGGUGGAAAUAAACUGUAGUUUUGUUUCCUG